UUUCAAGGGCAAGUUUAGGCAGGGGCUUAACAGAUGAGCACUAAACUAAACCAUGACAUAAGACAAAUGAAAGUGUAUUUAAAUUUCAGGCUUAGGGGUUGAUAGAAAGAGAGAAAAAAACAACAACAGGAUAGUAGAGAAUUGCUUGUGACAAAUUUGUUUUUAAGCAUGGCUGCAGCAACACAAGGCAAAUGGAUCAAGCUGGAGGAGAAAGGGGCUGGACCUGGGGCGAGAAGCUCACACGCCAUCACCAUCGUAGGACAAAAGGUAUAUGCCUUUGGGGGUGAAUUCACACCUCGUGUCCCUGUUGACAACAAAGUAUACGUGUUUGAUCUCAAUGACCAAGAAUGGUCCGUGGCUGAUGCUGUUGGGGAUGUCCCUCCACGUCGUGUAGGUGUCACUAUGGCCACUGUAGGGGAGACUAUCUAUGUCUUUGGUGGCCGGGAUGCUGAACAUAAGGAGCUUAACGAGCUUUAUUCUUUUGACACAACUACCAACAAAUGGACCUUAUUGUCUAGCGGAGAUGAUGGACCUCCUCACCGGAGCUACCACUCGAUGACUGCUGAUGAUCGGAGGAUUUACAUCUUUGGUGGUUGUGGAAAUGCUGGAAGACUAAGUGAUCUUUGGGGUUAUGAUGUUGUCGAUAAGAAAUGGAUCAAAUUUCCUGUACCAGGGGAAAAUUGUAAACCAAGAGGUGGACCUGGUUUAACUGUGGUCCUAGGCAAAAUCUGGGUUGUCUAUGGAUUCUCGGGGGAUGAGCUUGAUGAUGUGCAUUACUUUGACACAAUUGAAGAAAAAUGGGUGCAAGUGGAGACAAAUGGUGAGAAACCUACUGCUAGGAGUGUAUUUUCAACAGUUGGCAUUGGAAAAUACAUUUUUAUCUAUGGUGGUGAGAUAGACCCCAGUGACUUAGGUCACAUGGGUGCUGGGAAAUUUUCAGGCGACGUCUACGCACUUGACACAGAGACACUAUUUUGGAAGCGGUGGACGGAUAGUGGUGACCAUCCGGGGCCACGAGGGUGGUGCGCCUUUGCUACUGGACGACGAGAUGGCCAAGAGGGGCUGCUGGUUUAUGGUGGCAAUUCACCUAGCAAUGACAGGCUUGGUGGUAUUUUCUUUUUCACUCCUCUGGUGGAAGCUUGAGUGAAAAUCAAUGUUGUAAGAACAAAUAAUCUUCAAGAUGACAUUUAAGCUUUUAGCCUUGUGUUGAAUGAAGGGGGAAAAAUUUAUGUUCAGUGACUGUUAAUUGAUGCUUUUGUAAAGGUUUGUUCAGUUUGUUAAA